AUGACGUUAAUAAAUAUAAAUAAAAUUAUUAAGAAAACUUUUAAAAGUGAAAUUAAUAUAUUAAAAAAUAAUAAUAUACCAAAUAAUAACUUGAGAGAUAUUGGAAAAAGAUACAGUACAAUUCAAAGACCAAAUUUAUAUAUAGAAAAAAAAAAUUCAUUUUUUAUGAAUUAUAGAAGUCUUAGUAAUAGCAAAAUAUUCUUAAAUAAAGAUAAUGACUUUUAUGAAGGAGAACAUUUGAAUAGAAAAUUAGGUGGAUAUGGUUAUCCAAUGAUGUUUAUUGUUACUUAUGAUAAACCAAGUUGGCAACCUUUUUGGGAAAAUGAUUGCGAAGUUAUACCAAGAGAUGAGUUUGGAGUUCCAGCUAGUUUACCACCAGAAGUUUCAACAAAAAUUAAACAUACAUACUAUGUUCCACCUCAAUUUUACACAUUUUUAAAAAAAUUAGGAGAUGAUUCAGCAGAAUUAAAACCAUAUAUGACGAAAUUAAUAAAAGGAGAAUUUACAUAUGAUGAUUAUCAAGAAAUGUUUUAUAAAUUUGCUAAACCGUUAAAAAUUUAUAGAAAAAAAAUUCCAAUUCCAUAUAGAACAGCUGAAGAAAUGGCACGAGAAGAAGAAAUGAAAUGGCAAUCUUCUUGGUAUACAUAUAGGCAAAAAGUUUUGGCAGAAUAUAAUGUAACAAUGUGCUUAAGAGAAUUUAUUUUAUAUAUGACUGUUGGAUUAUAUUUUGCUUAUUUAUGGCUUGACGCAUUGAGACAAUAUCGUCUUGAUAUGAAACUUUUUUACUUAGAAGCACCAGAACAUAAGAUUAAUUGGGUGAAACCAAGAGGUGAUUUAGUUUAA